ACCAGUAAGCUCUCAGCGCUGUUAUCAGGACAGUUAGUUCUUGCAAUAAGUUUUCUGCGUGUGAAAGAAACCGAUCACCAUGCCGAUCACAGACUUUAACGGGACCUGGAAGGCCAAGAGUACCGACAACUUGGACGCCUAUCUGACAGCAGCAGGCGUCCCUGCGGAGUACUGGGACACCAUCAAGUCGGGGACAGUGACGCACGAGUUCUCCCAGACAGGAGACAGCGUGACGUGGAAAAACUCCGGGAACGACGGCCGCUCCGUCACCAACACCUUCAAGUUCGGACAGACCUUCGGUGAGACCGGCAUGGACGGGAAAACCCACCAGACCACCAUAACGUACGACGGCGGCAAACUGACCAGCACCUGUGCGGACAUUGAUGGGAAGGGGACCCAGAGCCGCAUCGUCAGGGAAGUGGCGGGAAACACCCUGACGGAAACGACAACGUUUGGUUCCACCACGGCCAAACUUGUGUACCAGAAGUAAAGGGAGGUUCACGUGUCGUCAUCUUGAACACCCAAGGAAUGGACGCAUCAGUAGCCAUAUCUAGUACCUUUAGACAUUACGUUUUAAUCACGAUCGUUAAAAGUAUGGUAUAGUAAUAGCUACUGAUUAAACCUAACUAGCACCCCGCCCCUAGACUAGAUGGUCCAUCAAUCCCUGGGCACUGUGCGUGUUUGUAUACCACACGAACUAAAUAUUGCAUGUAACCAUGCACUGAUUUACUGUUUAGUAUAAGUACUGUGCACAUUGUGUGAUAGCUGACAAUAAAGACGUCAGAGUAUGUUGUAAAAUCGUUAAAUCUGUUUCUGUUAUCACUUUACAGUCAAUCAUAGCAGGGUGUGAUAAACGUAUGUAAAUCGCGAUUGAGC